AUGCCCGGUGCCUACAUUGUCGAGUUCGCGAAUGACAAUGAGACACCGGAGUCAUUCUACGCGUCUCUUGCAGCCAGCGGCGUACAGGUUGAACCUCGCAUGGACCUGAGCUUCCGUUUCUUCAAAGGUGUCUCGUUCCAAGUCAAGAGGUCGAGCUCGAACUCGACUGGUGGGGACUUCUUGCGUCAGAUGAAGGCACAACCCCAGGUCGAGAACAUAUGGCCGACGCGCAUCACCACACGUUCGGGUGAGGAAAGUGUUGCAGCACCCUUCCAGCAGAAGCACACCAAGCGGCAAACCACAUCCGAGCGUACCUUCUCUCCUCAUGUCAUGACCCAAGUCGACAAGCUGCACGCAGAGGGCGUCACCGGCAAAGGCUUCCGGGUUGCCAUUGUCGACAGCGGCCUCGACUACACCCAUCCAGCACUCGGCGGAUGCUUUGGUCCGGGCUGUCUGGUAGAAGCGGGGUACGAUUUCAUCGGCGACAACUACAUACCAGGCAAGACAGAUCCUGAGCCCGAUGACGACCCCAUGGACAAUUGCGGUGGACAUGGUACCCACGUUGCAGGCACCAUUGCCGCUCAGCUCCAAGGCAACAAGUAUGGCUUCACAGGCUCUGCUCCCGGAGCAAAGCUAGGCGCAUACAGGAUGUGGGGCUGCACAUCGACUUCUACGAACGAGAUCGAGCUGAUGGCAUUUGCUCGGGCUGUCGAGGACGGCGCAGACAUCAUCUCUUACUCCAACGGCGAUGAGUCGGGCUGGGCGCAGGAUGUACGCGCUGUCAUCAUCUCCCGCAUUGUUGACUCUGGUGUUCCUGUCGUAAUAUCCGAAGGCAACGGCGGAGGCCAGGGUAUGUUCUAUGCUUCUACACCGGCAACGGGAUACAGCGUCAUGGGUACGGGAGCGGUGUCCAAUACGAAAUUUCCCACGUUCCUCGAGCGAGGCUCCUACACGACUGGUGCUAAUGCUACCAGCAACGGUACGAUCGACUUCGGCUUCUUGAUGGGUGUACCUGAAUUUGCUGCCGACACGACACUCCAGCUGUGGUCUGCUGCCGAUGUAGAUGACGCUUGCAAGCCCUUGCCCGAUGAUACGCCGGAUCUGAGCCAGCGCAUCGUGCUUCUGGAGUUCAAGGAUGCAAGAGCAACCCAGUGCUAUCCGCAAGAUCAGGGCGCGAAUCUCGCCGCGAAGGGUGCACGAUUUAUGAUCUACUAUGAGCGCAGCAACCUUACGAUGCGGGACGAGCCAUACGUCUACGCCGACGGAAUCGAAGGAGUAGUCAAGGCUGUCCCAUACGUUGCUGAGCGUUGGCUUUCCCUCCUUUCGCAGGGCAGCACCGUCUCCGUGACAAUACCCGCGAAUGGAACCCAAACGCACCUCGAGGAGCUUGAGAACAACGAGACCGGCGGAUAUGUCGCGGGCGAGCUGAGUAGCUGGGGCCCAAGUUGGGAGCUGAGCAUGACGCCACAGAUUGUAUCACCCGGAGAGAACAUCCUGAGCACGUACCCGACGGCUUUGGGUAGCUACCGCGUCAUGACUGGUACCAGCAUGGCAACGCCGCUGGUCGCAGGUGUCUACGCAAUGCUUGGUGAAGUAUACGGCAAGUUGGAACCAGAGCGACUUCGCAGGAUCCUCACGCACACGUCCAAACCACUUGCAUGGCACGACGGUACGAAGGCAUACCCCGACAUCCUCGCUCCAGUCGCCCAGCAAGGCGCCGGGCUGAUUCAGUCGUGGAACGCUGCCCACACCACUCUUGAGCUCGAUGUCGACAGUCUCAUGCUGAACGACACGGAACACUUCGUCAGCACCCGAACCUUCAGCAUAAAGAACACUGGCUCCACCGACGAGGUCCUCGACUUGGGCCACCGCAAAGCCGUCACAGUGUACACUUUCCAACCCAACGUACCCGACCUACGUACAGGCGUGUUCCCCAACCCCGCCGUUGACUCAUGGGCCACUGUCUCCUUCUCCUCCUCCCGCAUCAACGUCCCCGCUGGCCAAUCCGCCAAGGUAACCGUCGACAUCACACCACCCGCAGGUGUAAACGCAACCUUGCUUCCCGUCUACAGCGGCUUCCUCAGCAUCGGCGACAAGCUCCACCUACCCUAUCUAGGCGUCGUCGGAAACAUGCGCGACGUGCCCAUCGCAACGGCCGACAAGGUCUACCUCGCGCAAGGAUACUCGCCCGCGCCUGCGAACGUAUCCUACACCAUCCCUAGACCAGACCCCGAGAACCCGCCCUUGACCGACCGUGGUGACAUGCAAAACACACCGAAUGUAUACGUUGGCACUAUAGUGGGAUCGUCGUUGGUGCGCGUCGAGGUGGUGCAGGGAGACAGGGUGCUGGGUGCGUUGGCGGGGUUCCCGCAGACGUACGUUGCGAGAGGUGAGGUGCGCGCGUACUUUAAUGGGUUGAUGGCGGAUGGGACGGUGCUUGAUGAGGGGGUGUAUAAGAUGAAGGUUAGUGCGCUGCGUAUCUUUGGUAAUGAGGAAAGUGAGGAGGAUUGGGAUGUUUUUGAGUCGGUCAGUUUUAAGGUGAGGUACGCUGUGUAG